CUGUAGUUUAGUCGGUGGAUAAAGUUAUGACUGUCUUGUCGUUGGUUUCGAGAAACUGGCACCCGGCGACGUAUACUACUAAUAUUCGCAGCGGGGAAUUUAAUUGAUCAGCCUCGCCGCGAAAGUUUGAUCGGACUUGGUGCUAACAACGAACGUCCAGUCCAGCCGGACGGGUAGGGUACGCCUCACGUCGAGCCUCGCCGCGCAGCGCAGGGAUUUGAUAGUAGGCAUAUUCUUAGUAGUGGUGAUCUUUGACUUCAGUUUACUCUGGUUUGAUGAAAUGUCUCAGGAAUCAAGCAUUGAUGAUAUCUCAUCAUGGAGCAAGGAAACUUGCAGACUGAAGCUGAACGAAACACUCCCAUUGUUAAUAGCUCAGUAUGGCAAUGGAGCUUCAGCAGCCAAGAAAGUGGGCAUCUUGAAGACAAUGGUGGUCUCACUACUACCGGUCUUGGAGGAGGAUGGAAGGGAGAGAAGAUUCUUGGCUCCUGUCAUGUCGCAAACAAGGGUAUUAUUUAGCAGCAUUUGCAGCUCUAUAAUCACAGCACUUCAAGAAACAAAUGCAUCGCAGGAGCUUUGCCAUUCGCUGCUUCACAGUCUACAGCUCUUGGUAGAGGUCAUCAAUAGUUUGGAGAUGGUCAUUCAACAGAUGAUGCCUUCCCCAGGGGAAACAGUUUCCUUGGAUACAAUAGAGUCAUUGCCUUGUAAUGUCCUAGCGGUCAUACAAAGGUCUUUCAGUCAUUGCAAGGAUAGUCACACUGUUUAUGGGGAUCACUUCUCAGCUGUAUCAGAGCAACUGUCGGUCCUCUUCAAGAGAGCUUACAGUCUUCAGAAAGCACUGAUGACACUUUUUGAAGUCGUCUCAGAUUCCAUUAACAGUCACACUGAUAGUCUAUCACAUGUCUGUGAUGGUUUCCAUGAGUUGUGUAGGAUCAUGAGCGGUAUGGACACCACUCUUCUUGUAGGUACCUGGAGAUUCCUGGUCAAGCUUGUCAUCAAACACAAGCACUCCAUUCAACACUCAUUUCAGACACCACCUCUGGUCCAGACCCUGUGUAACGAGGUGGAAUCUCAUUACUGCCAUGUCCUGGAACUAGCACCUCACUCUCAGGCCUCUGGUGUCCAGAUCCAGGGUUCCCAGGGCAUAGACGAGAAAGCAUUUGCCAGGACUCUGAAGGUUUGCAGUUUGUGCUUCAAGAUGCUGCAUCAUUUGGUCAAGGAGUUUCCAGAGGAGUGUGUGGAGGAGUGUGGACCACAAGUGGUCCAGGUCCUGCUGGUCUUACAAAGUCUGACCCCACCGAGCCUCACAGCCAAACCUAUCUCGGAGAAAGCUCUCCAGGAUCUUCAGAGGUCAGUUCUUGUGGGCAUUGAACCUCUGAUCCAACUUUUCAUCCCCAGUAGAAGGUUCUGUGAAUCAUUGCUCGCAACAAAUCAAGAACGUAAACCAGACAAGAGCCUUGCCACACUGCUCAUCCUACUAAGCAUCCAGAAGCAGUUACCCUUAGCAACAGAUGAGGCUUGCACCCUUUGGCUCGAUCCAGUCAUCAUGCCUGAGGAUGUACCUAGAGAAAGCCUUGUUGCAGGGAUAUUCACAGCUAUCAAGAAUUGUUAUGUUGAGCUAUCUAAACCUGUGACCCUUCCAGGCAUCAUGUGCAACGGCAAACCUCAAACAGACAUCAGUCUGUACGAUUAUGUUUUGACACAUCUUUGCGGCUUUGUUGCGUCCUUACCUGCAAGGUUCUUUCAAAGUGUUGAAAGAUGUCUCCUGUGGAAUAUUCUCAGUUGCGACUGGUCCGUCGUCAUGGUUGCAAUCGAUAUUUGGUGUUUCAUGGCAAGAUAUGGGUCUGCAGAUCUGUGCUUGCAUCAUGUACGGUUAAUAUGUGACCUCUUGACCUCUCUUCAGACCCAUCAGAGCAUUAAGGCUUCUAAACACUUAACACUCCUCCUUGGCAGAUUAAUACCACUCCUAGCACCAGAUCAUCAAUUGGAACUACUUUCUGCCUAUCCCAUAGAAACACAUCCAGACUUGUGGUCCAGGUUUCCACUAACCUCUUUACCAGACUCUUGUAGAGAUACAGUAUGUGAACAAAUCAUUAAGAGCUGCACAAAGGCAUUAAGUGACUGGAGUGAGUCUAGACAGACGAGAGACAUUGGCUCGGCACAAAACAUGAUGAAACAUCUUAUAUAUGUUCAGCGGUUAUUCGGGCAGAAUGACAUCAACCAGCGAAUCAAAGAGAGCCUUACGAAACCUUUGGGUGAAGCUCUUGUGUGUAUGUGUUGUGUUUUCUCAUUGGACAAGCUCUCUCCUGUAGCUUUUGGUUGCAUCUUAGAUGUCUCGGCUUAUCUCCUGCAGCAUGCAACACCUGCACAUAUCCUAGAGCUGCUAAAGAUGGCUAGUUCCAGUGUGACUGCUGAUUCACCUUUGAGCUUCCGGUUGGCCUGCAUUACGUUUCUGCAGAGAUUAGCCAAGAGAAAUUUACCAGCAUGUCCAGAGCGAUCCCAAAUUCUGGCUCACAUUCCAGUCCUGUUUGGGAAAGUCUUGUCAGAUCCCAACUACUUCAUUCAUCAGCAGGCCCUGCAAGCAUUCAGUUCAUUUGCAGAGGAGACAACUCUUGAAUCAUUGGUCCCAGAAUGCAUCAGGGCAGAUAACGUCCAGAAGAAUGUUGUAGAUUACCUCAAUCAGAUCCCUGCGCAUGCUGAAGUUCUGUCAGAAAAGUCGGAGGUCAAAUUACUUGAAGGUCAAAGAGAGAGACUGGAGGUUGUGUAUGAAAGGCUCUCAAAGCAGACGAUACCUUCAGACUCUGAAGUGUAUGGCCAAGAAGAGACGGUGAAUGCAGGGGAGAAUGGCUCUGAUAGAACAAUGGAGCCUCAAUCCAAACGUUAUUGCUCAGAUGCUGAAGUCCAGCUCCGAGAUGCUCUUGGAACGUUGAAGUGUGCCCUCACAAGAGUACAGGAGCUGAAAGCAGGAAUGUCACAGACACCCGAUUGGUUAGAAACAGAACUAUUGUCAGCCAGGAAGAGUUUUGAUAUGCUGUUUUCUGAUGAAGAACCUAUCUUAUAACCUUGAAGUGACCUAGUUCAAGGUAUUUUACAAAUCCUGGGAAUGAUGGCAAUUUCACUUGAUUCAAACCACAUUUAUACUCGAGCCAGGGUUUAGGGUUCAAAUCCCAUCCCAGCAUUAACGUCCUUUGGCAAAACAUCAAUCCCACUCUCGACCCAAUUAUUAAUGAUUACUAUCACAGGGUGCUCAGUAAGAACAGCAUUGAUGCUGAUGAGGCUUCCUUGGCUAAACAUAAUUGUUAUUCUUAUUCCACUAACCAUACUGGCAUCAGACUGUCUACAGAUUGAACAAAAAUAUGACAUUACAUUGCAGCAAUUACAAACAUUACAAUAACCUUUUGCAAAAUUUGAACAAACAGCGUUCUUUUUUUUCUCCACAAAUUGGCUUUGGGCCUGUGGUUAAAAGUGAUUGCAAUCACAAAAUAAACAUCUUGGGUAAUAUAGAUUCAGAUUUUGUUUCAAAUAGAUAGAGAAAUAGUUCAAAAUUUAACAAAUCUUUGUGUUGUUUCCUUUGUUGUAAAAUCUCUUUUUUUUUUUUAUACCUGUCAUUGUAUUUCAGUUGACAUUGGUUUGACAAUUGAAAAUGAGCAGAAAUUGACACUUGGCAUACAAUGAAGCAAAUAAAGGAUUAUAUUCUUAAUGA